AUGAAGAUCAGGGCAGGACUACUGGUGGGCUACGACGGAAGUAGAUACCAUGGGCUUCAGUUUAACAAAGAGUUGGACACAAUUGAGAAGAGGGUUGUGGAAUGUCUGCUUCAAGUGGAGGCUAUUAGUGAAAGAAACGCAGACGACCCGAAGAAAAUCCAUAUCAAAUCGUCCUCAAGGACCGACAAAGGCGUUCAUGCUGCGCUCAAUCUCAUUUCUGUGAAGAUAGAGAUUUGCAUCACUUCAGAGUUAGUUUCCAGGCUUAGGACACUGCUUGCAAAGGAGGGGAUUCAUCUAUAUAACAUUGUGCGGCUUACAAAAAGUACUGUUCCCUCUAGGCAGGCAAUCUCGAGGACUUAUGAAUACAUUGUCCCAACAUUCUUUCUUACAAAAGGAGAUCUCACCGAAGAAGCAGAGGCACUGAAGCAGAAGGAUGGAGAGCACAGGAUCAGGGAUACAAAGAGAGAUUAUCCGGAGAAUAUAGUGGAGAGUGUAGUUGGACACAAGUCCUCUGAGGAUGACAUCAAGGCCUUUGGUUCCAUUCUUCAGAAGUACAUAGGAACUAAAGAUUUCCAUAACUUCACUAAGCUUAACAAUGAGAAAGGCUCCAAGAGAUACAUCAAGUCCAUCACGGUUACAGACCCAUAUGUGAGUGAAGGAGUGGAGUAUGUGAGGAUAUCAAUCACUGGGCAAAGCUUUUUACUCCAUCAAAUCAGGAAAAUGGUACUUUUUGCUGUUUUAUUGUGUAAGUACUCCAGGAGUUCCGUAGAUCCAAAGUUCAACAUGGUAUUCAGCAAGCAGAAUGUCCAUGUCCCAAAAGGCCCAUCGGGGUAUCUUCUCCUUGACAAGCCUGUGUUCCAUAAACUAAGAAGGGGGGAGGGCUCCACCGAGGACAUAGGCGUCAGCGACAGUCACCGAGAGGAGUAUAAAAGAAAUGUUAUAUACCCGAGAAUUCAUCAAAGAAAGAACCUCAUUGGGUUCUUUGCUUGUCUGGACUCUGUAAGGUUUCACAAGGAGAAUAUAGGAUUUAUUGAAUAG